AACUCACUGUAACUGCUGAAUCGCAAACCCUAACACAGUCCUACUCUCGCCUCUGCAAUCUCCCCACUGUUAGAAAUCUCCGAUCUGCUAAACGUCAUUUCUAGCUGCGAGCCUCCUUAUUUUCUUACUGAAGUAUAGAAAUUGUUUCCACUGCUUGAUUUCGUCGGAGUUCCCAAUCUCCGGUGACUUUGUUGUGAUUCCAGAAUUUGAGUUCUUUUGCAUUCAAGAGAAGUUCAGAUUGUAUUUUUUCGAUUGGUUUAAUGAUAAUCUUGUUUGAUAUCUAUGCUGUUGGAAACACAUUCUGUUUUUCCAAUUUCAAAGGCUGGAUUUUCCAGUUUAAUUUGGUAUUCUGGAAAGUGGGUUUAGGUCUUUUGUCUAUGUUACUGUUGAUGUCCUGGGUUACUCUUUUUGUGGAAUAGAGAAGAAGAGAGUUUAGUUGUGUGUAGAAAUGGAGGAAUUUGGUGGUUGGGUUGGAGAGCUAAAUAAAUUUCUUAGCUUUGCUUCUUUUGCAUCUAGUUUUCAUUUUAGGGAGAUAUCGGUGUUGCUUCUUGACUUGCUUAAUUUAAUAUUUAGGAACACCUUAAGCUAAUAUCUUGGAAUGUAUUGUGGUGUUUGUGUCUUCAAUUUUGGGUGUAGAAUAGAACUACUUGCAAUCCAAUUGGAUGGAUCAAGAAAGAGAAAGAAAGUGGCAAAACAGGGGAGUGGGGGCUGGUAGAGUACUUGUUAUUAUUGUUUCUUUUGUUAGUAAUAUAUCAUAUCAUUAUGCAUAAUAAAAUUAGAAACUUGGCAACAUCUACAAUUGCUCCCAUCUCAAAAUCAAGAAUUAGUUCUUUCUCAAUUCCCUGUCAAUGCUGAAAGUUUAAACCUCUUGAUUGUUGGUAUUGCUUCUUUUUUUUUUCUUUUUCUGUCAAUUCUUAUCAAUUCUUAAACCUUUUGAUUGUUGUUGUUGUUAUUGCUUUUUUUUUUUUUUUUUUUCUUCCGGGGUUUUCUUUUGUUUCUAUUUUUCCUUAAAUGGAUGACUAAAUCCAUGUUGGUGGUUUUGUGUGGUUUUGUGCUUACACCACGAAGGAUGGGUCGGAAAGCUGGUCAACUUUACAUAAACCAAAAGAGAUUUGCCUCUAUGAAUUAACCUUGCAUGAAGGAAAUGAUAUCGUUUCUCAACUGCUUUUCUCUUAACCACCUAAAUGAUGACAAAUGUGCUCGGCAAAAGGAACUAUUGACUGUGUGUAUGGAUGCUCAGACAAAUAAUAACAAAAAGGCUUUUGGAAGCAUUAAUUACCAGUUGCAGAGACUUAACAGGGUGGGAAGGAAGUAGAUUGAUUCCAUGUAGAAGAACGUUUGAUCCGUCCAUUCUUCAAGCUCAUUGAUUUCACGAUUUGGCAUGGAAGAAAGUGAUAUUUGUUAUACCAUAGAUUAUUCAUACAUCUUUUGUCUGAUUCAAUCUUGACAUAGUACUGAUCAUAAAUUUUGAACAUACCUUUGGAACAUGAUUUAUGAGAUUAAAUCAAUCCAAUUUUC